UAAAAACUUAAUUUUCACAACAGGGGGACAUUAAGACAAAUGUGUGGGCCUCAUUCUAAUUUCCAUUCUUUUGAAUGUUGUCUCAAGUACACACCCACAGGGACACACCCACACAGGUAAAUACAUGGACUGUAUCAGGAAAUGAAUACAUUGUAACACUGGAAACCACAUGGGGAAACGGUUGUCAGAAGAAACAUGACAAAAAAAUUUUUUUUUGUUAGUUUGUUCCCAGUGUUUGCCCUCCUCAUGCACGGUGUUUCUGAUGUUGAGAAAGUGUCGGUGUCAGUGACGGAGGAAGAUUCAGUCACUCUAAACACUGGUGUUACAGCAAACCAGCAAGAGAAGAUUAGAUGGUAUUAUAAUGACAUUCGCAUCGCUGAAAUCACUGGAGAUCUCAGUAAGAUCUGUACAGAUGUUCAGUGUAAUGAAGGCACUGAGAGAUUCAGAGACAGACUGAAGCUGGAUCAUCAGACUGGAUCUCUGACCAUCAUGAACACCAGCACCGCAGAUGCUGGAGCUUAUCAUCGAGAGAUCAUCAGAAACAGCACAAUCUGUGAAAAGAUCUUCAUUAUUGCUGUUCAUGGUGUUUCUGCUGCUGAACGAGAUAAAGUGAAGAGAAAGACAGUAAAGGAUGGAGAAUCUGUCACUUUAUUCACUGGUGUAAUAAAAAACCCAAGUGAUGUGAUGAUGUGGUAUCAUAAUGACACUCUCAUCGCUGAAAUCACUGGAGAUCAGAGUAAGAUCUGUACAGAUGUUCAGUGUGAAGAGAGAUUCAGAGACAGACUGGAGCUGGAUCAUCAGACUGGAUCUCUGACCAUCACACACACCACAAACACACACUCUGGAGAAUAUAAACUACAGAUCAAUAACAGCAGAUUCAGCAUCACUAAGAUCUUCAGUGUUUUUGCCAACGAUUCACAUGAAGAAACUCCACUGCAUCUUCGUUUAGGUGUCAGAAUUAUAGAAAUAUGUGGUUAUGUAUUCCUGGCACUGCUGGUCGUGACUUUAGCCGCAUGCCUGUUUUACUAUCUUUAUUGGAACCGCAAUCAAAACAGACAAAAGUAUCGAAUGGGGAUAGAUUUGAAGAUUGAGGGACAGUCUGUCUUUCUACACUCUGGUAUUAAAAUACAGAAAGGUGAUCACGUGAAGUGGAUGUUUGGAGAUAAAAACAUUCUCAUAGCUGAAAUCACAGAAGAGACACAGAAUAGAACAGAGUUCAAUGUAUAUUAUGAUGCUGCAGAUGAGAAUUUCUUAGACAGACUGGAGCUGAACAAGAAGACUGGAUCUCUGAUCAUCAGGAAUAGCAGAGACACCGACUCGGGAGAAUAUAAACUACGAAUCACCAGAAAUGGAAAAUCCUCAACCAAGAGAUUCAGUGUUACCGUCUCUUGCUCUUCUGAACCCAUAGUAAUUCUAUCUGAUCAAAUUGAGUUCCCUGAAAUCAAAGUGCAACCACUUCAGUAUGUAUGAAUCCACCAUGUAUGUAUACCUUUGGAUGAAGCUCUAUGUUUAAUAACUUGUGUGCUCACACUGAUUUAUAGAUCAACCCUAAAUCUUCUUUAUUAUAAUCCAAGUAUUUGCACAGUGUGUGAUUUAGGGCUGAACAUAUUAACCUGAAUGUCACAUGUUUGAGUAUGUCACUUGUUCUUCUCCAAAUAUUAGUUUAGACAUACAGUAUUAAAAGUGUGUUUAACAGACGCGUGAUUUAAAACCACAUUUAGCCUGCAUCUUUCUCUGCCUGAAUCUGAUGUGAAAGUUUUUUUUCUUUGCAGAAGUUAUCUGCAAGUUUGAGUUUGUAUUUUAUUUUCUGUUUGAUUUUUAUUUAACACAGUCGUCUUGGGAUGAGACUGCGCUGUUUUAUUUCAAUCUCAGUGCCUUGGUUUUUCAUGAUACCAUGUUGAAGAUAUAAUGACUAUAUAAAGUUAUCUUUAUCUUUCCACUCCUUUCACAUUGUUUAAUUAUUGAUGAUAUGCCUGUUGCCCCCCUUUCCUGCCUGUCUGUUUGUUUGAGUGGAUGUUAUUUUAUUUCUAAAGUCAAUAAGGAGUUGAUCACAUAAAAAAAAAAAUUGAACCAGGAGAAGUGGCUGGUAUUAUCCUAUGAAAUUAGAGACAAUGUGCUAAUUAUGGUUAAAAUAAUUAAAUAUAAAAUAUUUAAAUGCAAAUAUAAAUUGAUUGAUAAAAACAAUGAAAUUAAAAUUACUUAAAAAGAAGGGAAACUCUGGCCUAAGUCUUCUGUCUGAUCUCACUUAUUUUCUUUCUUCUUUCAUUUAGUUUAAUUAUAUGUGUUACUAUUAUUUGUGUUUGAUGCAUUGGGAUGGGAUUUUUACACAGAGAUUGGUAUGUCUAUUAGUAAAAUCUGUCGAUCGUUGUUGCAUAUGCCAACAGUGACAGUUCAAAAAUGGCACUUGUGUUUUUCCCCUAAAUGUGCAUGCUUGUAAAGAUGUAUUAAAAUAUCUUAAUAUCCUUUUAGUUUUUUGUUCUUAACAAACUUUUCUUUUGGUAUCUUAAUUUUGAAGGCGCUAUAUAUUUUAAUUCCAGAAAUACUGGGAUUUCAAAGUAAGUCAAAUUGUACUAAUUUUUAGUGGUCAAAACCAAAUGUGGGUCACUUUGCACACAGCUGAUACUCUACUGAUACUGUGAAUUUCUUUUAAAAGGGGGCUCAGCCUCAAUUCACAAUAAUGUACGACUUGUGCUUGGCAUGUUGGAUUAUAAUUAUUGAAUUGUAGAUUUAAUAAUGAUUUAGUAGUACCCAAACAUAUAAACAACCCAGUGUCACAUGUAUGUCCUGUGUUUUCCCCAUUCUUUGUGUAUUUGGUUCAGUCCUGUUUCCAUUUUCCCAUUCCUUGUUAGUGUUUAGUUAAUUCACCUGUUUACCUACCUGUCAUUAUCAGUUCAUUUGCCCCAGAUAGGCCUAUCUAUGUCUUGUUUCUCUGAUCUGUUCUCUGUGUGUUUCAGUCUGUUCCUUGUGUAACAGGGUUAAAAAGAACCUUUGAUUUAAAAUUUUGUGUGAAUUUCAUAAAAUAAGGCAUUUGGGUGUAUUCAUUGGUGUUAGAAGGCUCCCCUCCUGUGGCUAUUAAUGGUACUGCAGAUAUUUGAUUUUGUCGCUCUUCUCUUGCCGUACCACAGCAGAUUCAAGUGUCGACGCUGUGGGUAUGUAUGGUUUUUCAUGCUCUGACGCAUUAACAAAUUAAUUGUGAAAAUGAUGCGUUUCAAGUGAAUCUUUUUGACUUAAUACAUUGCAUACAUAUAUGUGAACAUAUGGAUAAUGCAUUUUGCACUUUAACACGAUUGUUGAGAGUUUUAUAAGAUGUAUUGAAUUUACAUGUGCGUCACAUGUGCGAGCACGGAUUCAUUUCUUGUGAUUAUUGCGUCUGUCUUAACUAUCUGACGAUUUUUUGUAUUAUGAGUUAAUUGAAUGUGUAAUCUUUAUCUUUCUAGUCCAUAUGAAUGUCUGCAGUCUGUCAUCAGCCACAAUGUAACUUUUCUUUCUUGUUGUUUCCAAAAAAAGAUAAACUGAAGCUGAAUCCCA